AUGACCAUUCUCACAAAGUACGGAGAUAUUCUCCAUCAUGACGAAGUUAGCGCCACGAUUGUUCGAGCCAGCAGCGUUACCUUUGACUCUGCUCUGGAGACCACACCUAUGGUCUCAGCUGAAACUAGCAUUUCUCAGAUUCCAAAACAAGAUUCCAGGACAGCGUUUGACCUCGACAUUGGCUCGGUUUCGUCUGCAAUCUCACCCAAAGAUCCUACCGUACACCCCUUAAGUCAUUUACUAUUGAUCCAGGAAGAGCAUACCACUAAGAAGGAGAUCAACAACACCAAUGAACCUACCACACUAAACACCACCUCGCAAGAAGCCUCAUCGCUCACCUCUGAUGCCUCUUCAACCAGCGCCGACACCUCUCAACCACCUCCCAUCCCACCAAACCCACCUAUAGGCCCAAUUCCCCCAGAAGUCCGAGGAAACUUCUUCAACCUCAGCUCAGAAACCGACUACCUCAUGGCCUCCCUCAUUCAAGUCCUUCUGGCAACACUCCUAGGCAUCCCCGUCCAGAUCGCAGUCAGUUCCCUCAAUUCAAUGCUUCCCAUCAGGGCACUAGGUCAUGAAGCCGGAACACUGCCAGACUCCCUCCAUUUGCCCUCCAAUAGCUGGCUAGCACCAUGGAUAGCAUGCAGAUUCCUCCACCGACUCAAAGAUCCCCUCCCAUUUCUCAACGUGCUCUUUGGACUCCUAUCCACCAUUCUUAUCCCUCUAUCGGCCGAGACAAUCCGUCUGGAAUUCACCUCGAUCAACUGCAAGGUCUUCAGUCGGGUAUGUGCCGUUGGGUUGAGAAAGGCUGGAAUUCCCAUGCGAGCCGCGGAGGGUGUGUUGGUGGCUAUUGCUGUGCUUGUUAUCGCGAUCGGGGUUCUGCUCUCACGGUGGAAGAGUCGGGUUGCUACAGAGCCGUGGAGUAUUGCUUCCAUGGUUGGGCUAUUGUCCAAUGCUGAAGUGAGGGGGUUGGUGCGGUCGUUGCCCGGGUGUACUGAAGGGGGAUAUCUAAGGAAUGAUCAGAUUGCCAGUGUUUUGACAGGGAGGCGGUAUCGUUUGAGGUUCCUGGGAGAUGAUGAUUCAGAAUAUGGGAUUGAAGUCUGUCCGGUGAUGGAGGACGACUCACCGAUACAACCCACGGCAAAAGAACCCCCAAUCCGCACACCUGUCUCUUCCACACCAAAGAAGAGAUUCUGGCACAUGAAACCAACCACAAAAGAGUUUCUCGCCCGGGCAACGACUCUACUCUUCGUCAUCGGCCUCCUGAUCCUCAUCCUCUAUUACGAAAACACCAUCCUCGACACGCCCUUCGAACGGUUCAUGGACAGCCAAUCCUUCGGUGUCCGGAUUCUGUUCACCUCCUUCGGCACCAUUGUCAGCGGAUGCUGGGAUUACUUCUUCUCUCUUUACACCUUCCCUGUCCGCCAUCAAAGACACAUUCUAACCGCCGUCAUUAGAAGUAUCCCACUCCUGCAUCCACCGCCGCCUCUCCACCGGCCCCAACUGGCCCGGACCUCCAUCCUCCUGUCCCCUCCUUCCAACAUCUUCACUGGUCUUUGGCAGUCGCCUGCUCAAGAGAUGUCCUCUUUUUCAACAUCGCCUUUGCCGCCCUGCUGGCAAAGUUCACAACCGAUUUUGUUCUCCAGCAUCCCGUUUCGGAAUACCGUUACCUGGAAGAUGCAUGAGGCGUGUACGUGGUUGGCUGUUGCAGUACUAAGCUAUAUGGUGAUUGUGCUUGCGGUGAUGGUGUAUCUUGGGUGGAAGCAGCCGCAGUGUUGUUUGCCGGUGAAGACCGAUACGAUGGUCGGGUGUAUGUACUGCCUCGCCGAGUCUGAGAUGUUGAGUGAUUUUGAGGGGAUGGGGGUGUUGGGGAGGAAGGAGAGGGAUCGGUUGGUGAGUGAGAUGGGGAGGUUGUAUUAUUUGGGAGCGGUUAAGAGGGCGGGCGAGGUGGUGAGAGGUGAGGGUGGGAGGCUGGUUGUUGACUACUUUGUCGCUGAUUCUGGGGUUGAACGAAAGGGGCGAGUUAGGGAGGUGCGCUGA